AUGGGCGCAACAGAAGGUAGCCCUGGCGCUGGCCUGCCACGACCAUCCCAGUUUGACUGGAUGUUCACCGACGAGGGGUGGGCCUUGCUGUCCGAGGAGACACGCCGUUCAAUUAUAGGAGUUCUGGAUGAGGACAGAGAAGAGAAGACCCGCCUCCAAGAGCGCCGUCAAUCCCGGUCCCGGAAGGACCGCCGCAAGGAUCCUCGGCCGGACAAACAGAUACACCCUAGUAAGAGCCUCGACCCUAACCUGUCGAGGGAUGUUCGGGAUUCAGAUCAACUUUUGUGGAUCCGACAACAUCGCAUGCUCAACCAUUCAGAAUCUGCGCUGCCGCCGAUGCGCUAUACUUCCUGCCAACUCCUCGGGAAUGGAUGCUCUCAUUAUCCUCAUCCUAUGCUACUAUUCUUUGGUAUUUUUGUCCAGUUUUACAGGAACGCCUUGAAUAUCAUGUGUGGCAAUACACAUAUUGAUGUAUAUGGCUUGCUUGCUGUAAGGGAUUCCUUGGAUCCUUCCCGGAACUAUAUUUUUCACCGCUCGAGAGAGAAUGCUCAAGCUAUCGACGUGAAUGGUGGCUAUCUAAGUCUGAGCUACCCUGCACGGGGCAUAUCUGCAAUGGGCUGCCUGAUUGAGAUUGAUAUAAAGAUCAAGGGCAAGGAAGUUGGCAAAGAUUUGUCAAUUAUUGAUGGAUCUGUGAAAGCCUUUGGGCAGUUUGACUCGAGGACUGCUAACCAUGUUGAUAACGUCAAUGGUAAAAUUAUAUUAAAGACACAUGUUGUUCGUAAAGGUGUUGAGGCAACUAUACACCUCGAUUUUGUGGAGGUGCCAACAGGCGGCUUCAAUGUGCGGAUGCAUGGUAAAACUGCCCGUGGUAAAGCUGUCUACUCCUUUAUCACGUGUUGUGAUGAUGACAGUUUUAUAGCCUCACCUGGGAAGCAUAAUAAGAAAUUCGUAGCGGCUGUGAACAUAGGCGAUACACUAUGUGUAGACUUCAUGGAGAAAAAGCGAGAAGCGCUCUCUUUUGUAUCAUCCAAGCACGGCAACGAGCAGCUACCUUACCGAUUCAGCAAUGGAGCUUUGGUCUUUGUUAAAGUCUUUUGGUCAACCAUCGUCGAGGGUUGGCCAUUGGGUCUGUAA